GUGAGCGCCAGGAGGGAGGCCCGGCUCCCCCUUCUUUCGCCUUCUUCCUUCUGCCGGCCGGGCGGGCGGGCGAUGUUCGUGCAGGAGGAGAAGAUCUUCGCGGCGAAGGUGCUGCGGCUCCGGAUCUGCGCCCUGGAUGGGGCCGAGUGGCUGGAAGAGGUCCCCGAGGACACGGCCGUCGAGCGCCUCAAGGAGCGCUGUAUUUGUGCGCCCGGGAGUUUGGAAGACCCCAAAUGCAUCACGCACCAUAAAUUGAUCCAUGCGGCUUCCGAGAAGGUCCUGACAGAUACCAAAACGGUCUCGGAGGAGAACGUUCAAGACCGAGAUGUUCUGGUGCUGGUGAAGAAAAGAGCGCCACCCACCCCUCCCAAAAUGGCCGAUGUUUCUGCCGAGGAGAAACGGAAGCAGGAGCAGAAGGCGCCAGACAAAGAAGCCAUCCUGAAAGCCACCACCAGUCUCCCGUCUCACAGCGUCGAUCGCAGCGUGGCUCAUCACAAUAUGAGAGAUUUCCAAACAGAACUUCGGAAGAUUUUAGUGUCGCUCAUAGAAGUUGCCCAGAAGCUGCUGGCACUGAACCCAGAUGCAGUUGAACUGUUUAAGAAGGCAAAUGCCAUGCUGGACGAAGACGAGGACGACCGGGUGGAUGAGAUCGCCUUGCGGCAGCUGACAGAGAUGGGAUUUCCCGAGAGCCGCGCGGUCAAAGCCCUUCGCUUAAACCACAUGUCCGUGACUCAGGCCAUGGAAUGGCUGAUUGAACAUGCGGAUGAGCCCACCGUUGAUGCCCCCCUGCCAGGUCAGUUCUCGGCAGAAGACGGCGCGGAAGCGGGAGCAUCGUCAGUCCAACCGGCGGUGGAGGCUGCUCGCCCGGAAGCCGUCAAAGAGGAGACCAAGGACGAACUGACGGAAAUAUUCAAAAAGAUACGCAGGAAAAGAGAGUUUCGUCCCGAUCCAAGGGCUGUCAUCGCCUUGAUGGAGAUGGGCUUCGAUGAACGAGAAGUCGUGGAUGCCCUCAGGGUGAACAACAAUCAACAGAACGCAGCGUGUGAAUGGCUGCUAGGAGACCGGAAACCUACCCCAGAGGAUUUAGAGAAGGGAAUUGACCCCACCAGCCCUCUCUUCCAAGCUAUCCUAGAAAACCCAGUCGUACAGUUGGGACUCACCAAUCCGAAAACGCUACUCGGUAAGUGGUGUUGCUACGGGGGAAAUCUGCAUGCGCUCAGGAAACCCUAUAUUUUGAAGCGUUUGUCAGAGUUUAGUGUGCAUAUAUGAGAGAAAGAUUCUUUG